UGACAGUCAUUUUUAAUUGUUAUCAGUCUCAAAACUCCUGGACAUCAUGGCGAGAAAGAGGAAGAGGUUUAAUGUGGCUGAGGUUCACAAGGAGUUGUUCAGGAGUGACGAUGAAUUUGAUAGUGAGAGUAACGAAUCGAGUAUGGACUCUGGCGAAGAAUGGACGGUGAAUGGAAUUGAUGGCGUCCUCGACAUUAAAGCAGAUCCAUCCAGCACAGUAACUAGAGCCAGAGGCAAAAAAAGCAUAUCAAAGCCAUCCCCAGCAAAGAGAAGGGUGUCCAGACGACCUGGAAGCUCCUCACACACCUCAGCUGGGCAAAAACCUAGUGCCAAAGGCAGCAAAAACAGAGCAAGGCCAGCUCCAGCAGAGACAACACCACCAACACCACCAACACCACCACCUGCAGCAGAGGAGGGUAGAUGGUGUGACCCUUCGGAGAAAGAUGAGGAACCUCCUCCGUUGAAGUUUUGCCCCAAGAGGACACCAGGAGUUCAGCUGGAUUUUCAGAAGGACUACAAACCCUCUGAUAUCUUUCGGCUUUUCUUCAGUAAAGAUGUGCUCCAGGACCUGUGCCGCAACACAAACAAAUAUGCCGCAAGGAGGACUGCAGAGGGCAUGCUGAGGCAGUGGACGGACGUCAAUGCUGAUGAAAUGCUCAGGUUUCUCAGCGUCAUCAUCUACCUCGGCCUGGUGAGGCCUUCAGCUGCCCGGGACAUGUGGAGGAGGGACCGCCUGCACAGCCACCCGUUUCCAACUUCCGUAAUGGCUGGGUACCGGUAUGAGGCCAUCAGCGCAUACCUGCACAUGAGUGACCCAGCGGGAGAUGCCGUGAAUAACCAGCUCCGAGGUCAGCCUGGGUAUGAUCGUCUCUUCUGCCUCAAGCCGCUCAUGGAGCAGAUCCUGACUGCCUGCAGGACCCACUACCACCCACACCAGAACCUUGCUAUAGAUGAACGCAUGGUGGCCACCAAGGCGAGGAUCGGGAUGAAGCGAUACAUGAAGGACAAGCCUACCAAGUGGGGAUUCAAGCUCUUUGUCCUGGCCGACAGCUCCAGUGGCUACACAUGUGACUUCAAUAUCUGCCAGGGGAAGGCAAAGAGUCCAUCAGGAAACGGACUGAGCUUUGACGCGGUCGUCAAUCUGCUCCAUGUGCCCUAUCUGGGCACGGGGUACACGGUGUAUGUUGACAACUUUUACACCAGCUCACAGCUCUUCCGUCACCUGCACGGAAUUGGUUUUGGGGCCUGUGGAACCAUCCGUCAGACCAGGAUAGGCUUCCCAAGGACGACCAACAAUGACCUGCCAAAAAAUGCGGACCGUGGGGAUCUGCGAUGGAUCAGAGAUGGCCCAUUGCUGUUUGUGAAGUGGAGGGACACACGAGAUGUCACGCUGUGUUCCACUGUCCACAAAGCCUUUAGCGGGCAGUCUGUGCAGCGUCGGAUCAAAAAUCCAGAUGGCACCUGGUCCAUCCAAAAGGUCCCUGUGCCGGAGCCUGUGAUGGAGUACAACAAGUUCAUGGGGGGUGUUGACUUGUCUGACGCUCUCAUAAAGUACUUCUCAGUGACGCAGAAGAGCAGGCGUUGGUAUGUAAAGCUGUUUCUCCACUUCAUUGACAUCGCGGUGGUGAACAGCUUCAUCAUCCACAAGGAGAUGGCACUGGCAAGGCAGAAGAGGCCCCUCACCCAGAAGCGCUUCAGGGAGCUGCUGUGCAUGGAGCUUGCUGAUUGUGGGAACCCACAGGCAUCCACAACUGGAAAGGGCGCCAGUGGGGCAUCCUCCUCAUCUCUGGCUCAGGGUCCAGGGCAGAAAUCAAAGUUGAAAGUUCAAUGUUCAUGUAUGCGUAAAGCCAAGAGUAACAAUUUAAAGUCUCAAAGGAAGCAGAAAUCGCAGGGAUGCUUCCCUAUUCCAGUUUGUCAGAUCUCCACCAACCCUUUCCUGAAAGCCUCGCAAGGGAGGAGGAGAUGUGUGCGCUGCAAGAUGAAAACGAUGUUCAAGUGCAAAUCUUGCGAUGUGCCACUCUGCCUAGUCGUGGACCGAGUGUGCUUUACAGACUGGCAUGAGGAGAAGAGCAGCUAAGCACACAGACUUUUUGGAAAUAUUUGUAAAGAGUUCCUGAGUUUCCUGUAAACAGUUCCUGAGUUUGCUGUUUUCUUUUCUUUUUUUGCCUCCUAAAAUCCAACCCCUCGUAGGAGGUGAUAACAGCACAUCGCAGGUAUAAUGUUUGCAAUUGUUCUGGCUAACAGGGCUCUGGUAUAAACCGUUUUAUAUAUCCUCAAAAGAGUAUGAUGUUACACGAAAAAGUAAUCCCUCCCACUUUGUUUAGUUUUUCUGUAUUUUUCCAUUCACACAUUGUAAUCCCCAAAACUAAAAGACUAGAGUUAGGGUUAGGGUUUUUUGUUUUAUGACAUUUUUUUCUGUAUAUGAUAUUCUUCAACUGGAACCUAAAUGUAGGAAAUAAAAAGCCUGGAGGUAAAU